AUGGCUGCAGUGCUUCUUACACGUGUGGAGAAACAGUCACUCCGUCCAGACUCCACCGAAACCUCCUCAACGCCGGACCGUUCCCCUCCAACCGGCUUCAAGUUCAAGAAUAGCCUCACUGCCAUCAUGACCUUGACGGUUCUCUCAGAUGACCAGGUCAAGGAUAUCCUAGAAACCCUGAGUCUGGACGAGCUGGAGGAUUUUAGAAAGACCCUGGCCGACGCACUGCAUGCCUUUUCAACGAAUCUGGGUACCGACGGCUUAGGCGUGUUCCAGCAGCCGCAUCGUGUCUCGACGCUGCAUCCCGAUACUCAGGCCACGACUCUGUAUAUGCCAUCAUGCGGCCCCUCUGGCAUGGGCUGUAAAGUGGUGUCCCUCACUGCUGCCGAGGCAACCAAGGACCCCUCGGUCCAGAAAAUCAGUCCAACAGGAGUCGUCAACCUAUUCUCACCAGAUGGGAGGCCCAUUGGCCUUGUUCACGCCAGCACGCUCACUGCUUUCCGCACGGCAUUGGCCUCGCUAUGUCUCGUCUAUCGCCGCAACCACGUCAAGACAAUCACCGUCUUUGGCAGCGGCAUGCAGGCGUACUGGCAUGUCCGCCUCGCCCUGAUGAUGAGGGGAAGCACAGUCAAGCACGUCAACAUCAUCAACCAUCGCUUCUCGGACAGCGCCGGCCGCAUUUUGAAAAAGUUUACCAUUAUCCCGCACGAGGUCAAGGUGCGCGAGGGCUGGGAGGCGGCAAAGUUCAGCAUCCUGACGCCCACCUUUCAUGAGUUCAACCGCCUGCAGAAGGAGUAUAUCCGCAACGCCGACAUCAUCUACUGCUGCACCCCGUCUCAGGAGGAUCUUUUCGAAGCCUCCAUCCUCACAAGCCAUGAAGGUAGAAAAAAGGGCAGGCUCAUUGUCGCCGUAGGAAGCUAUACGCCCGAGAUGAGGGAGCUGCCUGAGGGCCUUCUCCAGCUCGUUACGAAGCCCCGUGAAAAGGGCCAUAGGCAUUUUCACAAGCAUGCCGACGAAGGCGGCGUCAUCGUGGUAGACACAUUGGAUGGAGCGUUAACGGAAGCCGGGGAGAUUAUCCAUGCAAAGAUCCCACCCACCCAACUUGUCGAGCUUGGCGAGCUUGUAAUGCUUCACCGAAUGGCCGUUGACGAGUCAGAGUCCGAAGCCUCCGAUGUCAUGUCACAGACGUCCUCGUUCUCAGAGCUGGACCUCUCGGAAAGAACCCAAUCCAUGAACACAGUCUACAGCGAUGUGCCACCUAGCCCCUCAAGCACAACGUCGUCGGGCCACAAAUCGCCCUUUUCGAAGCACUUUCGGAAAACCUCGAGCAAUCUGUCCGACAAGGACAAGGAGAAGCAAAAGGACGAUGCCCUGUCGCGCUGGCUGCGGGACGGCACUGUCGUCUACAAGAGCGUGGGCGUAGGCUUGAUGGAUCUGGUGGUAGGGACAAAGCUGGUUGAGGUUGCCCAGCAGAAGAACUUUGGCACGCAGAUCGAGGGCUUUUGA